GAGUUGGGGGCGUGCCGAGGCGCGUGCGUGAUGAUAUCAGUGGUCUGCGCCCCCCUUCUUUUUGCUCUUCUUUUCUCCCCCCACUAUCACGGAACCGACCCGGGACUGAGAGGAUUACGUCAUCAACUACGUCAUGGGGAGGAAGUCGGUACGGGCAAAAGAGAAGAAACAAAAGCGCCAAGAGGAGCGCGCAGCCAUGGCAGCUGUAUGCGCCAAGGUGCAGGCUGCUAACCAGCUUGGAGACCCACUUGAAGCAUUCCCUGUCUUUAAAAAAUUUGACCGUAAUGGGUUGAACCUCACCAUAGAGUGUUGUAGAGUAUCACAAUUAGACCAGAAAACUAUAGACUGGGCUUUUGAACUCACCAAGACAAACAUGCAGAUGCUGUACGAGCAGAGUGAGUGGGGGUGGAAAGAGAGAGAAAAGCGCGAGGAACUGACAGAUGAGCGUGCCUGGUAUCUUAUUGCCCGUGAUGAACUUAGUGCGCCUGUUGCUUUUGUGCACUUUCGCUUUGAUGUGGAAUGUGGAGAUGAGGUUCUCUAUUGUUAUGAGGUCCAGUUAGAGGUUCGAGUCCGCAGGAAAGGAGUUGGAAAAUUCUUGGUACAGAUUCUCCAGCUGAUGGCAAAUAGUACACAGAUGAAGAAAGUUGUCCUUACAGUGUUUAAACACAAUCAUGGUGCUUACCAGUUCUUCAGAGACGCAUUACAGUUUGAGAUAGACGAAACCUCCCCUAGCGUAUCUGGAUGUUGCAGCGAUGAUUGUACGUAUGAGAUUCUGAGUCGCAGGACAAAGUUUGGAGACGCCCUACACUCACACUCAGGACAUUGUGCAGGCUGUUGUCACUGAGAAUGGACAUGGGGUGGAGAUUUUUUUUUUUUUUCUUUCAGUUUUGGACACAAGGGAGACAGUGUCCUUUUUUUUUUUUUUUUUUUUGUUUUUCUGGAAUUUUUUUUUUUGUUUUUUAAAUUUAGUCUUGUUUGGAUAUUGUGCUAUUCUUCACACGCGUGUAAUGUUCACGCCACACAGUCCUUUUAAUGGUUAAUAAACUCCUUUUUAAGUCUGGAUUAUUUCUUACAA